AUGGGACAAGUGAUGAACCUGAGCUAUUCUCAGUGCCAGACUACAGAAGAUGGGGUUUAUCUCAUUCCAGAUGAAGUCUUUGUCAUUCCACAGAAAACAAGCGGAGUAGAAACUCACUCUGAGAUCAUCAUGUCGUGGCUGAAACAGAAAAGCUCCACCUCAAGCUCCAUCAAUGAUGAUGUUUCCUUUCUUCCUGUGCUCAAUGGACAAUUCUCAGAAGAAAAUCAGCGAUGUGUAGAUAUAAACUCCCCAAAUUUCAACUUUCAGGCCAAUGUGGAGGAUGCAUCACGUGAAGGUCCAGUAACCAAUCUGAGCUUUGGGGGCAUUUACCAAAUGUGCACUUCAUUGACUCUAGAUUGAAAUGUCAUCUGUGAUGAGCUAGCACAAAAAAAUCCAGCAACCGGUAUUCAUGCAGCCAACACUGCCUCUCUACUACACUCUGAGACAGUAGAACAUGGUUACACACAACAGUGCUAUGAAGAUUGUAGUACGAUUUUGUUUCUAUUUAGCUCUUGUGAUACCAUAUGUAAAAAAACCUACCAUGCCCGUCAGGCAAAAAUUGACACCUACUGGUGUUCUACAAAUCAGAGAGCCCCUGCAUACUCCGGAUAUCUAUUUGGAGGUUUAUUUGGACCUUCUUUACAGAACCCAUUGACCAAAUCUCAAAGCUGCCCUCCAAAUUUCUUUGCCAAGAGAUUUUUGCCUAAUGGCAUGAUGUUCUGUCUGAGCAAUGACUAUGAGCAAGGAACACAAUAUUCUGUACCUUUUGGCGGUUUCUUUAGCUGCCGCUCUGGCAACCCUCUAGCAUUGGGCCAAUACCGCUGUCCACCUAAGUUCAGUCAACAUCUUGGUGCCAUUCCUGAUGGUUGUCAGGUAUUGUACUGUGUCCAGUCGGCUGUGUUCACUGGUGAAGAGUUAAAGCCUGUCCACCUAUCUCCAUUUACAAGACCACCAUCAGUCAGCAUGCUCGCGACAAACACUGUAGAUGUAAUGACAGAAUGUAGUAAGGCCUGGGUAAGACUUGGAGAAAGUAAGACAUGGCAACUGGUAAAGCUUGAUGAAGUUAAUAAAAUAGUCAGUUGGUAUGAGGGGUCUUCUAAACAGAUGUCUGGAGACUGUCCAAACUCAACCAGCCAGUCAGCCAAUGGUGUUCAAGCAUCCCAGCCAGCUGUCAUGCUAUUGGCUGAUGUUUCACCAAAGAGGCUGGGACUGCUGGAGAUUGAGGAGUAA